AUGGCAUUCGAUUACAAACCUUCCGAAGAUUUCAUAGUCAAUAACUUACAGCCGCUCGUCGACUUUGAUUUGACGGGAUCGAAGGAGCUUUGGCUUAUCCAGUGCCCUAUUAGUCAAAUUCCGGAAAUCGAAGGGAAGGAGUUUAAGGUUAAGCUAGAUAAAGAUGGCGUAUUGGGAGGAUUUGAGGAUUCAUCUGGUAAUGAGGUUGAACUCGUUAGCUUUGCUUCUCAAGAUGCUGAUCCAGCUGUGAUUAUACCAUCUCAAGAAGAAUCAAAAAUCGUUGGGAAGAUUUCGCGGAGAGUGUCCUUAGUUCGUUACCCUGAGCCAAAAGAGCUGGUUGAGGCAGUGAAGGCCAAAACCCAACAGAAGCUUGUAGGAGCAGUGACGAAUUCCUCUGGAAAAUUCUCAGCCUUGGCUAAAAGCAGCCGGGCUAAAAGCGGACAGUCAGGUCUUCGACAUUCAGCUUCCACGCGUAGCAGCAGACAGAAGAGCUCCAUGCCUAGCUUGAGCGAGACUCCCAAGUCUUCAAAAAGGAAGCAUUCAGAGACCUCCUCAGGGAAACAUCAGGGCUCCACAAGUACGGUUUCAGGCUCUUCAGAUCGAACGGGUAAGUCGAAGAAGAAAGUCAAGACUGAAGACAAGUAA